AUGCGUGCAGCAGUGGCGACGUUGGUGCUACUCGCGAUCCUGGUCGUCGGCCAUGCCCAACGUUACCAGUGCAAAGGCGAAACGUUUCGCCUGCGAAAGCCGUGGAGCAUGCUGACUGCGACAGAACGCGCGCGCCACAUUGCUGCUGUGGGUGAUGCUAUGUCGGCAGGAUACCAUCAUCGCUUUGUCGAGAUGCACACGGAGCCACAGAGCGAGCGUGAAGCGCACGGGUGCAUGUUUAUUUACUGGCACCGCAAAUUUCUCCUGGGUUACGAGAACAUGCUGCGCAGCCUCAAGCCCGAGUAUGCAUGCCUGACGCUGCCGUACUGGGAUUAUGCUACGUUGUCCAGUUCGUUUGUGUCUGGUUCCUGUCAGAGCAUGUAUAGCUGCGCCACCAACUUGAUUGAUAGUCUCGGAGGCUUGGCUGACUCGAAUGCAAGACGGACGUGGUAUCGCAUCAACGGCGACCGUAUCCACGGCAUCGGGUGUGUGCAGCGACCGCCGCUGGACAAUUUCUGUCAAUCCACGUCGGCUUUUCAGUCCAAGCAAUGCAUGCGAUGUGUCCCACGUGGCGACAUCGCGUCGGCUGCCGUGCCUCCCGAGACGAACAUCGUGCCGGUCUUUUCACAAAUUCUCGGCGGGGCAUCGCCGACAACCGGCAAAACGUUUGCCGAAGUCUCGAGCAGCAUCCAAAACAACGCGCAUAACACGAUUCACAAUGCCCUUGGGAGCACGAUGGCAACAUUUCAGUCCCCCAGUGACCCACUCUUCUACCUCCACCACGCCGAAAUCGACUUGAUGCAUCGCAUCUACUUCAAAUGUGUCGUGGCCGACACCGUGCCCGGCCGCGUGCCGGUGCUGUCGGACAGCGCCAAGCGCAGCGAGAGCGACACUCGCAUCUGGCGAUCGUGCGUGCGCUACAACGAGACAACGAUUCGGUCAACGGAUCCCGUCCUGAUGCUCGCCGGGCAAUACAACCAAGUCAAAAUCGACGUCCACAACCCGUCGAGCCCGCUCUACGAAUUCUUCAAGGACCUUCCCCGCGCCUACUACAAGUACGUAGACGGCGAUGACUUGGGCCGGUUCAGCUAUCGAUACCAAUACACGGGCAUGCUGGCCGACAUGUUGACCAAGUGCAAACGCUUCAUCGCGCCGCAAACUGCUACGUUCCUGCAAAGCGCCGGGUCCCCGACGAACCCGAGCUACGUCGACCGGUGUGUCGACCGCCCCCGACUUGCUUGUGAAGUUACCGAGCAGUCGUUUCUCGACUACAUGUCGAACGUUGCUGGCGAACGAGGGUGGUCCCACGAUCACUUGAUCGCCCAAGUCGAAGCGUUGGUGUGCAUCCACCACCACGAGUGCCUCGGCGGGUGUGCCGACUACUCGGACGAGUUCAAGGCAACCUUUCACCCGAUGGGUCCUCCGCGGUGCAAAGUCGUCGUCGAUCGUUGGAAAAAUGGCCAGCUCCACAUCCGCGUCAAGAACUGGCGCGCCAUUCUCGCCCGAUUCUUUCCAUGUGCCCACGACGCUGCCAUCGCGAACGCGUGA